AAGGCGGCGUACGCCAACCGUCGUAAAUAGGAGGGAAGAAGAAGAAGAAACAAGUAUAAAGAAGAAAAACUUCAGUGAGGUAAAGAUGUCGUCGUCAGGUGCUCUCUUCCCGAGCUUGGUGAGCGGCUCAAGGGGGACCUCCAGCAAGUACCUGGUGGAGUUUCGUGCUGGUAAAAUGACCCUGAAGGGCAACAUUGUAACGCCAGACAAACGCAAAGGAAUGGUGUACAUCCAGCAGUCUGAUGACUCCCUGAUUCACUUCUGUUGGAAGGACAGGACCACUGGCAACGUGGAUGAUGACCUGAUCAUUUUCCCCGACGACUGUGAAUUUAAGAGGGUGAGCCAGUGCACCACGGGACGGGUCUUUGUGCUUAAGUUCAAGGCUGGAUCCAAGCGACUAUUUUUCUGGAUGCAGGAGCCAAAAACAGACAAGGAUGAUGACUACUGUCGCAAGGUGAACGAGUACCUGAACAACCCUCCUAUUCCCGGGGCAGCGGGCAGCAGUGGAGGCAGCGGGCAUGAGCUGUCUGCACUGGGAGAAGGAGGCCUGCAAAACCUGCUGGGAAACAUGAGCCACAACCAGCUGAUGCAGCUGAUCGGACCAACAGGACUGGGCGGACUUGGAGGUCUGGGAGCUCUAGCGGGCCCAGGACUUGCCAGUCUGCUGGGCAGCGGAGGACCAGCUACCAGCAGCUCCUCAUCCAGCUCUCGUAGUCAGUCAACUGCAGCCACGCCAUCAGCUGCAGUCUCCAGACCGAGCUCCUCCCAGGUUCCCUCCACACCCGUGACUCCUGCUGCCUCAGCUACUUCUCCUACAGCUGCUGCUCCUCCCACACCAGCCUCGGCUCAACCCCCACUGGCCCCAGCCUCAGCUGGAAGCCCCACCUCCCACCAGCCCAUCCAGCUGAGUGACCUGCAGAACAUCCUCGCCACCAUGAAUGUCCCCGCGACGGCUGCUCAGGGACCAACAGUGGACCUGGCAAGUGUUUGCACCCCAGAAAUGAUGGUGCCCAUCCUGACCAAUGCUGAGGUGCAGCAGAGGCUCCUCCCCUUCCUCCCCAGUGGAGAAAGUUUACCGCAGAGUGCCGGUGAGAUCCAGAAUACACUGACCUCGCCACAGUUCCAACAGGCCAUGAGCAUGUUCAGCAGCGCUUUGGCCUCAGGACAGCUCGGCCCUCUCAUGAGUCAGUUUGGACUGCCUGAAGAGGCCGUGGACGCCGCCAACAGAGGAGAUGUGGAGGCGUUUGCUCGAGCCAUGCAGGGGAGCAAAGGAGAUGAUAAAGAGAAGAAAGAGGACAAGGAGGACAUGAGUCUGGAUUAAUGAGCUGAUUCUCUUUCAGUGUCGUCUUAAGUCUUAGUAAACCAAACUGGCACUCAGGAUGAACAGCGAGGCCUUUUAAUUUCACUUAGUGACACUUUCAGGCUCAGGUGAUUUUUCUCUUAAUAAAAUCUCAUUAGCAAACAGCUUACGCCUUUGUUUUUUUUUUGUUUGUUUUUUUGGCAAAUGAUAAAUUAACACUGCAGAGGACUUAAGUAGGAAAUGUUUUAUUACAAACACAUUGAGGGGUGACAGCUUCUUCCCGUGACAAUUUUCAGUGGUUAUAUUUUAUUCAUCAGGAAUGACACUCAAAAACAUUUCCCAUCAUCAGGCCUCUUCAGUUACAGUUGGAAUGCUGCGGCAGAUUUUUACUCAGUCAUCCUUCAGGUUCUCUGCUUGCUGUGUAAACAUGCAGCUGUUUCCUUAGUGGUAAUGUUUCACUUUUUGGCAGUUGGAUGCAGAUGAAGGGAGAAGGUUUCAUCUUGUGUGAAGCCACAGUGUACAUUACGUCACUGUGUUCACAUCAACACAACAGGAAAUGCUGCCUGGAAACAAACAGCAAAAUUCUUCCAGGUCACAGUGUACAGACUCAGUGGGAAAUGUACAGAUGCACCACACGCACACACAAAGCUGAUUGGCUGCAAAGGUCUUUUGACUAAAAGGGCACGUGAUAGAAUGCACAGCGCUUCCAGUGCUUAAAAUGCCUCAUUUACAUCCAGUUUAAACAAAAAGGUUUGGAAUUUUUUUAUGCCCCUUGUCACAGAAAAGUAAAUACAGAUUCCAACAAUAU